AUGAAGCAAGCAACAUUUUCCCUUCCAGAUGAUGCAUCCGAGUAUCUUGCUAACUAUAUCAUAAAUAAAAUCAAGGAUUUUAGUCCCACCCCCUCUAAACCUUUUGUUUUAGGAUUACCAACAGGUUCCUCUCCUGAAGGGAUCUACUCCAGACUAAUCAAAGCUUACAAAAAUGGUAGAAUAUCCUUCAAAAACGUCGUUACGUUCAAUAUGGAUGAAUAUCUUGGGUUGACCCCACAAAAUCCUCAAUCUUAUCAUUAUUUCAUGUACGAUAAAUUUUUCAAUCACAUCGAUAUCCCCAAGGAAAAUAUUAACAUACUUAACGGUUUGACCGAGGAUGUCAAGAAAGAAUGCGCUGAUUAUGAAGCUAAGAUUAAACUGUACGGCAAGAUCCACUUGUUCUUGGGUGGAUUGGGACCAGAGGGUCACUUGGCUUUCAACGAAGCAGGUUCAACAAGAUCCUCGAAGACUAGAGAAGUUGAAUUAGUGGAGUCCACUAUUAAGGCAAAUUCUAGAUUCUUUGAUAAUGAUUUAUCCAAAGUUCCAAAGUCUGCACUUUCUGUUGGUAUUUCAACAAUUUUGGACAACUCUGAAGAAAUUGCAAUCAUUGUAUUGGGAUCUGCAAAGAAAUUUGCUUUAGAAAAGACUCUCUAUGGAAAGAAGAACGACCCCAGAUUCCCAUCUUCGUACUUGCAAGAUCACUCAAACGUUUUGAUUGUAUGCGACAAUGCUGCAGCUGGUCUUCAAUCUAAAUUGUAG